AUAAGAUGCUGGGCCAGGAACAGGCAUAGCACACCAGCCAAUCCAAGUGCUCAAUGGCCAACCAAGAUUGAGGCCGAUCUUGAUCCAAGGCAUAAUGGCACUGCCAGUAAUGACUCUCCUUCUGCUGGCAACAUAUACUGCUUACAUUAAUACGGCCAUUCAUGAUCCGAAGACCACCAUAUUAAACGACGUAUUAGAGUUCCUCAACCCUGAACAAUGCCAUGAGGUCUGCCUCACACUCACCAUCCUGCCAAAGGAUCGCCUCUCUCCAAGCCAACAGCAAGACAUCUCCAACAUGGAGCAGUGCAAAGAAAGCCUCCACCACUGGCUGAAGAUGCAGAGAAAUGCUGUGGAUUGGGAUAGCCUGGCCCGAGCUUUCCGACAAAUUGGGCGCCCUGACAUCUCCCGGGAGCUGAAGAAGAGACUCCGUGAGAACAGGAGUUUGGAACCGAAAUGGAGCCUGGAGGAGACUCAAACCAGGGAGGGGCCCAGGUCAGCUCUGCUCUGUGAAGAGGAAGCCCCCUUCCAGAGCACCCAUCACAAACCCACCCAGAAGCGCCAGAGAACCUUACUGAAGGAAGAGUGCUGUGAGCCAAUGGCUUCCUUCCUGACAUGGUUGUCGCUUUCUCUCCACAACCUGCCCAAGUAUAUUGGCCAAAAUGCCAAGCUGCUCACUGCAUUGAGCUUCUGUAUCAUUUUGUUCUGGAUGUUGCGUCAGUGCUUUUUGAGUGCUGACACCCCGCCUCGGGACAGAAUUAACUACAUAGUGAUCUGUAACCGGAUUAUGGACGAAAAUGACACACAGGAUCUGGAUGACUCAGAGGAGGAGGAAUGGGAGAAUGCAGAAGAAGAAGGCAUCCGCCGGUCCUGGCUGUCAGACUACCUGGAUGAUCUUUGGUCUCACAUCUACAAUUCCUUCCCCAGAGGUGCUUUGUAUGCCUUCCCGGUUGCUUUGGUGAUCAUGUUUCUUCUUUGCUGUGCCACGUAA